AUCUAUCCAGAUCAAGAUCUUCUCAAAGCCAAAUAUGAAUUAUUGGCAAAGACUAAUAUGGUUGAUUUUAUUUCGGAAUUGUAUAAGCAAAUUCACAACACCGAUAAAGUGCCCUCAGAAUUUGCUACGAAGAGACAAGAAGUGCUUCAGACGUUAGAAAACCUUCAAGCGGAAGCACAGAAAGUAUUGGACAUCAUAGAAAACCCGGAAGUGAUUACGGCCCUUCGUCAAGAUAAACUACAAAAUCUACAUUUUCUAAGGGAAAAAUAUGGA